AUGUCCACCCUCCUUGGCCCCAUCCCCGGCCCCGCCGCCUGGACGUUCACCCAAGGCUUCCUCUUCGGACAGGCGACCGUCAUCCUCCUUGGCCUCCUCUUCGUGCGCUAUGUCGUCUUCUCCGCCGCCGAUGCCGUUGAUCCCGUUGCCUGGCGCCAGCGCCGCCAAGAGCGGGCCAAGAAAGCCCUCUUGUCGACGACGGCCGUACCCCCGCCCCCGACGAGUUACCUUCUUGACAACACAGGGUAUGACAUGUCGACGCAUCCCGCCGAGUCGGCAGACUGGAUCAACGUCGUCGGUGCCCAAAUCCUCCAGGGAUACCGGAAUGACCUACUGAGCAGUGGGGGCGAGGAGGGCGCGCGCAAGCAGUUUGAACGCUGGCUCAACCCGCCUGGCCGCACACUGUCAUGGCUUGACCCGAUCGAGGUGACGUCUGUCAACCUCGGCAAGACGUUCCCUCUACUGUCGAAUGCGAGAAUGCGCCCCGCCGACGACCAGGGGAGGAUCCGGUGUGAGAUCGACGUAGACUUUGCCGACAGUAUAAGUCUGAUCAUCUCGACUGCCGUAGUAGUCAACUUUCCGCGCCCGCGCUUCGCAGUCCUCCCUGUCCAGAUUGGUGUCGAGCUCGUCUCGGUAGGCGGUACGCUGAGCGUGCAGAUUCACCACCCAAAGGACGACAGACAGCACCUACACGUGUGUCUCCUCCCCGACUUCCACCUCAACUUGAAGACGACCAGUCUGUUGGGAAGCAGGGCAAAGUUGCAAGACAUUCCCAAGCUCGAACAACUUAUCUUGGCUCGGUUGCGCGCGGUGAUCCAGGACCGAUUCGUCUUCCCGCACCACCUGACCUUUGGCCUUCCGCGUCUGCUGUCACGCCCGGAGCCCGACGCCGUGCCAGUGAUCCCGACAGAGACGGACCUGCGUACAGUCGCGUUGACCGUGAUGUCGCAAGGCAUCGGGCGGCUGGGGCAGGACUUGGCAGACAGAGUGGCGGCGCUCGCGCCGACAGACAGUGCGAGCGCGAUGGCGAGCGAAGACAUCGACACGAGUGCGUCGACAGUAGAUGCCGAGGACGACGAGAUUAUCAUCGCCGAGGAGAUUGAGCGUGCACCGCGCCGCCUGCCACCGCAGUUGGCGCCGGUGCGGCCAGGUAACGUGAGCUCGGCAUCUAGCGGCGCGCCCGGCCCUGCGGGAAGCGUGAGCGUGAGCUCGGCGGUGCCGUCCAUGACCAAGGAGGAGGUGCGGCGACGCAUGCCGCCCCUGGCGGGCGAGCGGCGGAUGGGCGCUCUCAACUCGCAUACAAGCUAG